CGCCGGCAGGGCAGCGGAAAUGAAUCCCACUGCUUCCGGUGUGCAGUUUACACAUGUAGCGGCGGUGCAGCACUGGCACCCUAGGGUUGUUCAUUUUAAUAUAUAUAUAGAUAUUUUUAAACAAUGUCCGGAAUCGCGUUGUUCGGGACGGUGAGAGGACUGCGAUUGAUACUGAGCAGCACCCAUGCCGGAGCCGUCAGCAGCACCCUUCCUAAAAUCCUCGCUUGUGGAUAUGCGAAGAAAGUUGGAGCGGACAACAAAAGCCCACCCAAGAAAAAAACAGGAACGGAUCCUGAAAACAAACAAGAACCAACCCCAGCCGCAGGAGAGAGUAAAAAACCGGCAAAAGGAAAGGGAAAAGGCAUGGCAAAGGACGCCCAGAAGGGCCCUGAGGUGUGCAAGGACCCCGUGAAGCUGACCACUCACGCCAUGGGCGUCAACAUCUACAAGGAGGGCCAGGACCCCCCACUGCAGGCUGCCUCGGAGUACCCCGAGUGGCUCUUCCAGCUGGACCUGGGACCCCCCAAGCAGCUCUCGGAGCUGGACCCAGAGAGCCGGGAGUACUGGAAGCUCAUGAGGAAGGAGCACAUGUGGCGCUUCAACAAACUGCACAAGGGCAAGAAGUUAUAGUGCACCGAACUGCACACAGACAGACAGACAGACAGAGAGAGAGCAGCAGCCAGUGCUGACCCACACAGGGGUCUGUUCAGUUAGACGUGGAUCUACGUGCAGCCGUGGCUAUUAAUCCUUCAAAUAGCAUUUUACUUCUUUUUGCAGACAGACGUAAACUGAAAGAGGCUCUCAUGCAGUGUUAGGGGUGAAUUAUUUGAAUUAUUUUUAGAUCCCUCACUGAUUAGAUCUGUUGAAUACUGCUGAUGAUGUGUGUGACGAGGAAGGUACCACCAGGGACUUUCUGCUACUCCAGAAGUCAACAUGCUGUGCUUAUAUUGUCCCUCCCGAACGUUUUUGUAAAAAAAUAACUAAGUAAUGCAGCAGUAUCUGCUUAGGCCCUUAUUUCUGUAGUUGUGGUGACCAGUGACAAUGUGUAAUUUGAAACAGAAAGUAUGCACUUAAUGAGAAUCGACAGGAAGAAGCUCGCAGGACACAGAAAUGUGUGAAGAGAAAUGUACGUGUGACGACACGCUCGCACCCCGAUGACUGGAAACUGAGGCUUUGACAUCUGAAGCUGUGCACGUUCUCAACUUUUUGUAAUGCUUCGGUAUCAUUGGUACCUGUUCUAUUAAAUAGUAAUGAUUUAAAUAAAGAAAUUGUGUAUUGAAA